UCAAGCUUAAAUGUGCUCAGAGGGGCAAAACUAAUGACAGCACGUUCAACGGAAUGGGCGUGGUUUGGGGUGGUUGACACAAGUUGGUAUCCACCAGGCGCUUUAGUUACCCUCUCCACACAUUCGUAAUUGCUUCAAAUUAGUUCUUAAGGAUGGCCAAUCACAGGACACUUAGUGCAACAAUGUGCAAGGCUUUCGGGUACAAACAUUAGACUUAAAAAAAACGAAGAUCGCUAGCAAAAUUACGCGCCAAACGAACCUAUUCAAAGUGAUUUUUGCGGCUGACAGAUAUGAUGAGUGAAGCGACGCGAUGAAAACGCAAAAUCUUCGAACGAUACUGUUAACGAUAUGCUGCGUAUCUUAUCUCUUGGUCGGCGCGGCAAUCUUCAGCGCCUUAGAAUACGAAGAAGACCAAGAGAUGCGAAAAAAUAUGACAAUUCUUCACAAAACACUGACAAAGAAGUACAACAUCAGCGACGAAGACAUCGGGAAAUGGCUCCAAUAUCUCGAUAGCAAAGCAAACAUAGACGCGGAUCUUUACCAAUGGAGUUUCGCCGGCUCGGUUUAUUUCGCCACCACCGUAAUAACAACUAUAGGUUAUGGACACACGGUGCCAAAGACGAACCGGGGAAAAGUAUUUUGUAUGAUUUAUGCGGCAGUAGGAAUUCCUCUUGCGCUAACGAUGUUUCAGUCAAUUGGCGAGCGUUUGAACACGUUUUUAGCGCAUAUGUUUCGACGAGUGAAGAAAAAGCUGGGAAUGAAGAACACCGAAGUUUCAAAUACAGCGAAUAUGGUGGUUUUAUUCGGUUUAUUCGCAAUGAUGGUCACUGUAUGCCUUGGAGCAUUUAUCUUCCGUUACUACGAGAAAUGGACAUAUUUUAAAUCUCUUUACUAUUGUUUCAUAACUGUUACAACAAUAGGAUUCGGCGACUACGUUGCCUUACAAGACAGCCGAGAGACGCGCUUUGAUCAUACAUACGUGGGUAUCUCUCUUCUUUUUAUUUUCUUUGGACUGACAAUUGUAGGCUCCGUAAUGAAUCAGUUGGCAUUGAGGCUGUUAACGGCAAGUCAAACCAAAGAAACGACAGACCAACUUUUGGUGGAGGGACCGUGUUUAUGCGAAAAAUGCAGUCGCCGGGAAUCUAUCGACAUUUUUAAUCUCUAUCCGAGCGACUUAUCGACCACACUUCUAAAAAAUUACGAGGAAGAGAUUGCAUUUACAACGUACAAAGGCCUUCAUAGGAAGCGCGCCUCAAUUUAACUAAAGUCUUCGUGUGAUUCAUUCCACACAAGCGGUAACUUUAAAUUAAGCCGCUCGUUUUAUUAAUCAAACUGGUAAGAAAAACUUUCACGAAAUAGAAUAUUUUUCGACUAUGUAAAUUAUAGAACUCAUUUCUUAGUUUGGUCUACGAACACCGCUUGUUUUUUUAGUUAUCAGUAGCGUCGCGAGCGAGCCAAAAUAGGUAUGGGAGUUACUUUAUUGAUAAGCUCGCUCGUUCGGCGUCGGAAAGCCAUGCUAGAGCCGUUUGCAAGAUAAACGAGGAUGGACGCCAAAACAUUGAAAAUUUUAAUUGGCUGUGUAUUUUGUUGUUUGAAAUGCGUUUUUCACAAAAUAGCUUUCUCUUAGCCUAAAACGCUGGCUAAUAAUUUCAAAGGCUAUGGCUUGCAAAGAUAAGGUUCUGAACAAUUUUACAAAGUAAAAUUCAAUCAAACAAAAUGAUUCUGGUCGGUGAUAGCAAAAUCUACCACCUGUUACCGCGCCAUGAAAGUUUAAUUAAUCAUAUCAUUUGUAUGCAGACAGAUUUAUCAUAUGCCAAAAGAAAAAAUUUGUGUACAAGAACUCUAACAAAAACUUCACGGUAAAAAUAACGGCUUUUUAUGUUACCUCCGAUCAGCCUAGAUCGCGAUUAGGGGAGUUAAAGGGGUUUUAAAUACAAGUCAAAUUUGUCGAAAAACGCCCGAUAGUAACAAAAUCGAGAGUUCUUGAUGUGAAUAUUUUAUGACCGGGAUUUUUCGCAUGAAUCACUUCUCCGACGAACAGAAAGGGAAUUUUGUAUCAUUUUGUAUAAGAAAUGAAGUAUUUGCUGUUCCAAUUUCACUACCAAAAACGUGGACCACUCAACGUGAUUCUACAUUUGCUAGUGUAUAUAAAAUUACCCUCCAAUCGAUGUUUGUAAAAUAUAUUUUUUAUAGUACACCAGAAAAAUGCUAGAGUGUUUUCACACUGUAAUCGAGAUGCAAAUAUUUCGUCUACGGAUGCGUUUCUUAAAUACGAAUCUUCUAAAAUAAAUUGCACACAUGUAUUUAAAGCGAGCUUUAGAGCGGAAAAAAAGUGAAAUUAAAACUUUCUACGAAACAAAGGGUAUUGUAGAUUUUGUCUUAAAUUUUUUUCGCUUUUUUGUUUUUUGUUAUGAUCCAUCGGAGGUGUAGAAAGCAUAAAUAGGCAGAGUUCCCGCUAUGCCAUUGAAAUCAUACGUGGCUAAAUCAGCCUGUUUUGAAAUUUAACAUCCUCUUUAAUUUAUUUGAAACUCCCAAAUCCAAACGAGACAUACGAAACGGUUACCACUUGUUUUAAACAACGGCAAAUUUCGAAUUCGUCGCGCACAGAACGCUAACAUACGGGAAAAUUAUGAAUACACACAAUUCCGUCAACAAAAACCCAAUAGGACGCUGAAAGCAUUUUCUAAAAAUAUUUAGUACGACAUGAAAAAAAGACAGGUUUUUUUUUACCUUCAAAUUACAAGUAGUGUUUUCUUUUUACUUGUGAGAACGUCAGAGAUUUGUAAAUAAGAAAGAUGUACGUGAAUAUCGGCGUUUCAAACUCGAGAAUUUUUUUGUCCAUUGUAAACAGCUUUUCAAGACGGUCUACCGCCCUGAUGAAAAACGUUAAUUACACGCGUUUCUAAGCGUUCACCAUGUCGCUGUGGCAACUGACAUAAAAUGUGUUGCACAAGAGAAAGGAGAAAAAAAUAACUAAUUCUCACAGAGACGAAACAAUACGCUAUGGUUUUUCCUGUUUAGAUCUUCGAAAAUUUAAAGAUCGUUUCGUUAAGAAAUACGCUCAAAAGUUUGAUUUUAAGUGUAAAGCUAAUACGUUUCAAAAUUUUAUACGAAUUCAAUUCUAGAGAUGCGAACAUAAACAUUUUUCAAUGUUUGGCCUUAGCAAAGAAACAAAUGCAAUCAAUAGGUGUAUAUUUUCAUCGGAAAAUACGUUUAGAAAAAGGAGACAUGUUUUCGUAAAAUAUAGUCAAAUGAAACGUUGUUCAAAUUGUAUUUACUACGAAUUUUACUGCUUCAUGCUGACCGACAACUCUUAACUUUCCAUCUAAACGUAUUCCCAUUUUGUCGAUGUCUCAGAGCGCUUUAUUCUGAGCAAUGUUAUUUGCUAUUUUGCAACAUCAAUUAUUCAUCGUCCCAUUUGGAAGAACCCAUGUUUUUACGUAAGAGACAAACAAAGUACAUUUGAGAGACUACUUUCAUUUGUAAAUUUCACAUGUAACGCUCGCUCGUGUUCGUGAACUUUUGUUUUGCACGCAAAACUGAGGGAAUUCUUUAAAGUAACGCGUUUUGUAAAGCGAAUUUCAAAUACUGUGUACUAUAAUGAGAAAGGGUCGCAU